AUGCACGCGCCGACUCGUCUUUCGUUUUCUGUCUCUCUCCUUGUUUUGUCUUUCUUUGGGGUCGUGCUUGCCGACACGCAUGCAGUAGGGAGGAGCCUGCAUCAUUGGGGCUCCAGGAAGCACGCCGAUGUCGAAGCACGGCGCACGAACGCGAAGCGCGUCGACAACGCGAGGCUGAGCUACUACGAUGCUGGCCAAAAUGCGUGCGGCUCAGUAGACACAGAUAGUGAUUUUAUUGUUGCUUUGAACACAGACCAAUGGAGUGGUGGGCAGUAUUGCUACCAGACAAUCACAAUUUCGUACGGAGGGAAGAGCACGCAAGCCAAGAUCACCGAUGAGUGUCCUGGAUGUCCGAGUGGCGGUCUUGACCUCUCCCGUGGCCUCUUCGAUUUCUUCGCACCCGAGUCCCAGGGUAUUAUCUAUGGCACAUGGGUCUUCGGCGACGGCGCACCACCCACCACAUCCAGUACCUGGGUUGCACCGAGCACGAUAUGGACACCAACGUCGACUUGGGUCGCGCCCACUACGUUUUGGACACCGACUUCCACCUGGGAGCCGACGUCGACAUACUCCGCGCCCUCAUCGUUCUCCAGCUACAGCUCGAUCUCGACAUUCAGCUCCGUUUUGUCCAUCAGCACGUCGUCAUUGCCCUCGAGCAGCGCGACGCCGUCGACGACCGCUAGUGCCACUGCCACUGCCACUGCUGCUGCUCAAGAAUCACCUGCGUUCGACCAAGGUAAUCUGAACCAGUUCAACAUGGCCCUUGUCGGAAUGAGCGGUCUUCUGUACGCGGCCAACUGGACGUGA